AUUGUCAACAUGGAGAUUAAAGGAUUUUGAUCACGAGACGUUAAUGGAUUAACUUGGAAAAUGUUUCAUUAGAAAGGUGUGUCAAGUAUAAUUGGUAAAUAUUACUAUUGUUUACCAAUUAAUCACCAAGUGAUGUAAAGAAUCUUCCUCACUUCGUCAUCAUCAUCAUCAUCAUCACACCAUAUUCCAUUGAAAAUAAAUACCAACAUCGUUUGUGUAAUAUCAACAUCAUUUACAAAUUCUCUGUACCAAAUCAACAACCACAACAUUUCCCGAGGAAAAUUAAAGUCUGACGAUCAUCAUCAUCUCAUCUUAUCAUCUUUAUCUUCGUUAAAUUAUGUCAGCUCCACGUGAGCCUAGUCAACAGAUUAGGUUAAGUGGACACACUUUAGACAAAGCGACCAAAGCAAAGGUUCAUUUGGAAAAUUAUUUCAGUAAUUUGAUUGCUCAGCAUAUCGAAAGGAAAAAUAGACAGGAAAGACUUCUUGAAUCGCUGAAAGAUGAAUCCUUAACAGAAGAACAGAAAGAAGAUCUUAGAAAGCAAUAUGCCAAAAAGGAGACACAAUUUCUCCGUCUGAAGCGAUCCCGACUUGCUGUUGAUGAUUUCGAACCUCUUAAAGUGAUUGGUCGAGGUGCUUUCGGUGAAGUUCGUUUAGUACAGAAAAAAGAUACUGGUCAUGUUUAUGCAAUGAAAAUCUUACGAAAAGCCGAUAUGUUAGAGAAAGAACAAGUUGCCCAUGUUCGAGCCGAAAGAGAUAUUCUGGUCGAAGCGGAUCAUCAAUGGGUCGUUAAAAUGUAUUAUAGUUUCCAAGAUUGUAUUAACCUUUACAUUAUUAUGGAGUUCCUACCGGGUGGAGAUAUGAUGACACUAUUAAUGAAAAAGGAUACCCUGUCCGAGGAGUGUACACAGUUUUACAUUACCGAAACGGCUCUUGCAAUUGAUUCAAUACACAAAUUAGGAUUUAUUCAUAGAGACAUUAAACCAGAUAAUCUAUUAUUAGACGCGAAGGGACACAUUAAAUUAUCUGAUUUUGGCCUUUGUACGGGAUUAAAGAAAUCACAUCGAACUGAAUUUUAUCGUGAUUUAUCUCAAGCCAAACCAAGUGAUUUCUCAUCCAAUCCAAUGGAUUCCAAAAGAAGAGCUGAAAGUUGGAAGAAGAAUCGUCGACAAUUGGCCUAUUCGACCGUGGGUACUCCUGAUUAUAUCGCCCCUGAAGUUUUCCAACAAGAUGGUUACAAUGAGUCGUGUGAUUGGUGGUCAUUAGGUGUGAUCAUGUACGAAAUGUUAAUAGGUUACCCGCCUUUCUGUUCCGAAACACCACAAGAAACUUAUCAUAAAGUAAUGAAUUGGGAGAAGACUCUAGUCUUUCCUCCAGAAGUGCCAAUCUCAAAACACUCAGAGGAUCUGAUUAAGAAAUUCUGUUGCCAAGCCGAGAGAAGGAUUAACUCACUUGAUCUAUUGAAACAACACCUUUUCUUUAGAGGAGUCGAUUGGGAACAUAUAAGGGAAAGACCUGCAGCAAUUCCGGUAGAAGUAAAAAGUAUUGACGAUACAUCUAAUUUCGAUGACUUUCCCGAUGUUGAUCUCAAAAUACCCUCCGCUCCUCAAGAUACCGAAACUAGUCCCAAAGAUUGGGUGUUCAUUAACUAUACAUAUAAACGUUUCGAAGGUCUUACCCAGAGAGGUGUUAAAACUCCUAGAAAGAGUUGAAAGAACGAGUGAUAAUUAUUACAAUUAUAAUGCUGAUAAUUAUAUGGAUAAUAAUUAAAACUAAUUAAAAAUAUAAAUAAUAACUGAUUUAGGAAAAGCAAAAAACACCAACACUCUUGAUCCUCUUGGAAACUGAAACAUUUACUUUUUUUGCCAUAAAAAAAACGAGACUUUAAUUUUCGAGUUAACCAUUACGACAAUUUGUUAAUUAUCACAUAAAUUAUCAUAUUCAAAUGAUAAUCUCCUCAACAACAUCAUCUCUCAUCAUAAUCAAACUGGACAAACUAAAAAUACAAAGACGAUGAUUUGACCAAAGGAGUUUACCAUCGGAUAAUAUUCACCAUUAGAUUAAUUUGUUGCAAUUUCAAUCAAUCAAUUAAAUCGGACGAAAAAAGAAAAGUGAAAUUAUGUUUACCAGAACGAGAUUAAAUUUGAAUUAUCAUAAUGAACAAUAUUAAAACCUGAAGAGGAAAAGGACAAUCACAAUUAAAGUCAAAUUGAUUAUAAAUGAACAUUAUAGUUGAACAAUUAUCGUUGGCAACAAUUGAAUGAGAAAAGAUGAUGGAUAUGACCAAUUAAUGAAUUAAUGAAUUAAUGAUAAGCUUAAGGAUUUGUAACAAAGUUGAUUGCAAUUAAUGUAAUGUCGAUAUGUUUUUAAAAGGAUUGGAUGUUAAUUACAAGAUGGACAAUUUAACCAUAAAAACCUAAUUGAUACCCAAGAACCUGCGUAAUUACAUGAACGUUUAAUUGAAAUUGUUCUGAUUUUUAUUAAAACCAAACAAUUAUAUUAAAAAGUUAUAGUUUUGUUAUGUU